AUGCCGGAGGCAGUGAAGCCCAGCACCACGCACGCGAAAUCAAAGCCGUACCCGCAGCUCAAGUCCAGGACGGAGAAACAGUGUGGACGAAUGUUGGUACCACCAAACCUUCGUCGUCUCUUCUACGUGUGGGACCGUAACAAUGGCUUCAACUUCCUAGUGGACACUGGCGCAGCCAUCAGCGUAAUACCACCAACCAACAGAUCCGCCUUGAAACCCACCCCAUUCCAACUUCGAGCGGCAAACGGCUCCCCCAUAGAAACCUAUGGGAACAAGGAACUUACCUUGAACAUCAACCUCAGGCGCGACUUCAAGUGGUCAUUCACCGUAGCUGACGUCAGGAUACCCUUGCUCGGUGCCGACUUCUUGGCACAUUACAACCUGGCUGUCCAUAUGAAGACGAGGACCCUGUCCGACAACAUGACAACCAUCAAGAUCACAGGGAUCCCAUCGAGCUUCAACACAACUAGGAUCAGCGUGGCAACACAGCAUGACCCCCACUACGUAGAAAUCCUGCGCCGGUACAAGCACCUCACGCAACCCAUCAAACCAACUGAUGCAGGCGACCAUCAGACCCAACACCAUAUAAAGACCACCGGACAACCAGCAUAUUCACGGCCACAACGACUCCCUCCACACAAAUUAGCAUAUGCCAAGAAAGCGUUUGAGGAGUUGCUGGCCGACAAUAUCCUCUGA